UCAAGCUCAACCAAUCGACAAAUAGGAAUCGAGUCAUCACAGCCAAAAAGUCGCUUGAUGAGGCUUAAGUGGUUUUUGGGUCAUAUAGCGCUAUGAUAUGCAAAUAUGUUCCUAGUUCUUUUGUACUGGUCGUUUUUUAAAAAUUGGAUCCGAUUAACUCUCUGGCUGCCCUGUAUUUUGUUCUGUUUUCGUUUUGCAGGUUUUCUUCCCUUAACUCCUGCUGUUCUUCUCAACUGUUCUAAAGCUAAAGUUUCAUUGAGAAACAGAAUCAAGUUCAUAGCAUAAUAAACUCAACUGAUACCCUUAAAUCAUGAAAUCAUGGUGUCUGCGUGCUUGCAAUUAGUAAAAACAUCCUUAGUCUUUACCCCUUAAAUAUGCACAAGAUUUACUAUCUAGCAGUACAUUAUUAGUCCAAAAAACCAGUCUGAAAACUGAAAUACUUGUACAAAAUGAGUCACCUUAUCACCCUUCUAGCUCUUCUAUUAGUACUCUCCAGCAGCUCUAUGAUGAGCCAAGGACAACUAGGACAGCCAGGAGGACCAGGCAUUCCAUGUAGUCAGGUGGCUAACGAGCUGUUGCCAUGUUUAUCUUACCUUGACGAACAAACCACAUCACCCUCGAGCUCUUGCUGCCAAGGGACUAAGUAUGUCUGGAAGCAUUAUGGGAGAGGAAAGAGCGAAAGACAAGAAGUUUGCGAGUGUCUCGAAUCUUUACUGCCCCUUAUAGGUGCUGUUGAUGGUUCACUGGUCUCUGCUCUUCCUCAACGUUGUGGGUUAAACAUUGAACUGCCGCCUAUCAGUGCAUACUUCAACUGUUCACAGAUACAUUGAUUGAAGAAAAAAACAAGAUUAAGGAAGUAAUAAUAUACUGUAAUACUUCUAUGGAGUUGUGCUAUUUUAGUUGUUAAGAAGGGUUGAUUUUUAAUAAAUGUAAAUUUAAACUGUAAGAUAGUUUCUCAUUUUUAGACAUUAAGGCUAAUCUCCUCGUAUAUACUGUAUUGAAGAGCUCAGGUAAUAUGCCUUGAAUAAUAUUAUCAAAUCAAGAGUUCUAAAUUGAAUGUCAAUAUGCUCUUAUAUGUAGUUGAAAAUUUGAAAUAUACAUGAUCCAAU